GCCGGCUACUUCAUGUUAUCGAGACAGAUAUUCUGAAGAGAGGAGAGGAGGAUCUAUCGGAACAAAGCGGAUUUAUUCACAUAUUUACAACAAACACAGUAGAAAUGGAGAUUUAUAUGUAGCUUUCUGCAGUUUUUGGACACAGCUUCCUGCUUCUUCGCCUUGUUGCUCUAUCAGAGAUCUCAUUGUGGACUGAGGAUCGCCUCCUUUUGUGUUGCUCUGCAGUUGUUUAUUCGCACAACUUCUGCCUCCUGUUUCUCAGAAUAGGAGGUUUCAUUUCUGUUUCUCUGGUUUCUGCCCAAACGGAAUGAAUGACAAAAACAAAGGAGGUUGAUGUCCACAACUCUCCUACUCACCUCUUCUUCGCCUCGCCCAAGGAACGGAGGAUCCAUCUCCGGCAGAAGAUGGAAAGCGGAGGCGGGACGGAAUGCUCGGACAGCGGGAAGGCGCAGCACGCGGUGGCCGCUCAGGAGCAGCCUGAAGCCGCGGAGCUCUCUGCAGUGUUGUCCAAUCAGCCCCAGGGCGGGAAGAAGAAGGUAAACCGGGCCCCGUCUCCGGCUAGACCGAAGGAUGUGCCCGGGUGGUCGCUUACGAAGAUCCGCGGAGGAAUAGGGACCCCGACUCUGAGCGUGAAGCCGGGUGCUAUACACCUGGGCAGCCGCAUCUCCAGGCGGAGCCCCGUGGGGAGCCUCUCAGGAAAGGACGGAAAAACAGAUAAGAAGCUGUCGAGCAAAUCCUCCUUCUCAUCGGGUGUUCUGUCCAAAUCCUCAGCGGCAAAGGCAGCCAAAAGCGCCGGAGGGAGGAGGAAGGUGUCGGACGCAAGCAUUGGAUCUGACGACUUAUCUAAGGAUUCAGGCUGCACCACGGGGAAGCUUUCCCCAACAGACAGCAGCUCCGAGCUAUCGGACUGUCCCUCUGAGGAAAACAAGCUCUCCACGGACGCUGUUAGCAGCGACACCGAAUCGAGGAGCAGCCGGGGCGGUGGGCCGGAUGGAGACAAGCCGCUCAGGGAUGGCGUGUUGGCAGACAGAGCUAGCUUACAAGCCGCCAAUAAGACCACCUGCUCAACCGCAGAGAAGGACUGCAAGGACCGGCUGUCCCUGGGUGUGGAGACCGGGGAAGGGAGCAUAUCCCCGGGUGAUGAGCGCUCCGUCACCUCGUUUGAUAGCAGGGUGCCAGCCAGUACAUCCCUGGCUUUCUCAGACCUCACAGAGGAGUUUAUGGACGGCAUGCAUGAAGAGUUUGUGCGGGAGAUAGAAGAGCUGAGAUCUGAAAAUGAUUACCUCAAAGAUGAGAUGGAGGAGCUGAGGUCUGAGAUGCUGGAGAUGAGGGACAUGUACAUGGAGGAAGACGUCUACCAGCUGCAGGAACUACGACAACAGCUGGAACAGGCAAAUAAGACCUGCCGCAUCCUGCAGUACCGGCUUAGGAAGGCAGAGCGGCGCUCUCUCCGUGUCGCCCAGACAGGGCAGGUGGAUGGAGAACUGAUACGAACUCUGGAGCAAGAUGUCAAAGUGGCAAAGGACGUAUCAAUCCGUCUGCACAGCCAGCUGGACAGCGUGGAGAAGAAGCGGAGUCGUCUGGAUCAAGAGAACGAGGAGCUGAGGGUCAGACUGCAGGACCUGGAGGUCGCCAAACAGGUCCUGCAGCAGGAGAUCGACAAGAACUCUCAGAAGAAAAGAGGAGCACGACCCAACAACAAACCUGACAAGAAGCUCGCUCCACAGGAGGACAGUUCCGACUUAAAGUGUCAGCUCCACUUUGCAAAAGAGGAAUCAGCCCUGAUGUGCAAGAAGCUGACCAAGCUGGUGAAGGACAGCGAGGCCAUGAAGGAGGAGCUGGCCAAGUACAGGUCGCUGUAUGGAGAUGUCAAUGCCUCACUCACUGUGGAGGAGGUUGCUGAUUCUCCCCAUACCCGGGAAGCAGAGAUCCGAGUCCACCUUAAGCUUGUGGAGGAAGAGGCCAACCUGCUGAGUCGACGAAUUGUGGAGCUGGAGGUGGAGAACAGGGGACUCCGAGCUGAGAUGGACGACAUGAAGGGACCACAAGACGGUCCUCAAGAACUCUCAGGUGUUGGUGGCAGCCUGGGAUCAGGGGUUGGUCUAGGAGGGGGAGCCAUGGUACUCGGUGGAGGGGCUUCAUCUGAAAAUGUCAUGGAGCUCCAGAGACACCUCCAGUUUGUAGAGGAAGAGGCGGAGCUCCUGAGGAGGUCUUUGAUCGAGAUGGAGGAACAAAACAAGCUCCUGAUGAACGAGAUUAACCGCUAUAAAUCUGAACUCCCACCACACACCUCCACGCUAUCAUCCAGUUCAUUAGCGUCACUAACAGACGGGCUACUCAACGACAGCCCGGUCCAUUCUAUACAGGAAGGGGCAGUUCUUAUCAGCACGGACGCACCAGCCCAGGAGGAGGAGCUCAGAUUGGCGAGGCUACAGAUUGGAGAGCUGAGCGGGAAGGUGAAGAAGCUGCAGUAUGAGAACCGAGUGCUUCUGUCCAACCUUCAGCGCUGUGACCUGGCCUCCUACCAUGCCCCCUCUUCCUCGUCAUCUUCCUCCUCACUAAGACUGGCUCUGGAGACGGACGCAGAGGCCGGAGACUCAGCAGAAUGCCUCCCCAGCAGCCCGCCCCACCGAAAAGAGCCAGUAGGGGGUGAGAACGACGCCCUGGAGAUCAAGGAACAGAAAAAGAACAACGAGGACAACACGUACGCAACAACCUCUCUCCCUGAGUGCCUGGGGCAGAAGGACCAUGAUGCCUUGCUGGCCAUGAGGGAUCAGGCUCGCUUGGUUUCCACGGCGAUACAGCUCCUGACCUCCCCUGAGUCUAACUGCCUCUCCUCCUCACCAUCCAUCUAUCACAAGGUCUGCAAUGAGGCUGCAGAGCCGUGUGACCUGGAGAAACCUUACAGCCAGAUUUCAGAGCUGUCUGACCUUGCAGACAGGCCUCUGGUUGGUGCUCUUACUAGCAGGCUCCAGGCCCUACAUGCCCAGCUACAGUGCUUUGUCGAACGGGUAGACAAUGUUGGUAAAGCCUCUCCAGGUGUGAGGGACCCUCAGGUGGAAGGAGCCUCUCCUCUGGCUUCACCCUGUGCCUCCCUCCCCUCCUCUGGUGACACUCUGAAUGGACUGAACACUGCUGAGAAGAAGCAGCCUGAUUAUAGGGAUCAAUCAGAGGUGGAGGUGAAGGGUCAAACUGAAGAGAGCAGCCAAUCAGACGACAGUGAGACGAAAAAUCAGGAAAUCAGCCAGCUGGAAGAGGGAGAGAAGGAAGCAGAUGAAGCACUGCCAACAGAUGACGACCAGACUCAGCUGUCCGAGGAGGAGGAGAAGUUUGGUGUCAGUCUUCAGGAGGAGCUGGACAAAGAAAGGCAGACUCAGAGAGAAGCUUCUCUCAAACUUGCACAGCUCCAGGAGGAUCAUCAGAAGGCUCUGCUCCGUCGGGACUUCCAGCUCCAGAGUUUGGGCCUCCAGGCUCGGCUCCAUCAGAAGCUGUGGAGCCAGGAGAGGACUUUGCUGGUCCAGGAGUCACAACACCUCAAACAGGCCUUGUUACUGCUCAGCCUUAAACUACGCUGCUUCCUCAAACAGUGGAGGCUGGGCUGCAAGAAAGAUGCAGAGUGGAAAGACAUAGUGGAGAUGAACAGCUUGAAGGACCUCUACCUGCUGUUGGAGGAGGAGAACCUAACAAGCCCCGCCCACCAGACUGAGAAAAGGGCUGCAGCGGAUGCACAACCACUCAGCCCAACUAUCAAGUCAAGCGCAGUGAGCAGUACUUUGGCAGACCUAAAGGUGGCGCUGCAGGAUCUGAGUGGAGAAUUGCGACAGGAGAGACAAGGCUCCCAGGAACUGACCCAGCAAUUUGCAAAGGCCAAGGCAUCAUGGGAGGUGGAGAGGACUGAACUAAAGAGCCUCAUAACACAGUUUGAAACCAAGUCAGGGAAAACAGCAGCAGCUCUGUCUGCUAAUGAUGCACUGGAACCUCCAGAUCUGAAGGUGGCGCUGAAGAGGGAGCGAGAGGAACAUCAACAUCUCUUGGCUGAUUCUUAUGCUGCUGUGAUGGACCUAACCAAACAGCUUCAGAUUGGAGAGAGGAACUGGGGCAGAGAGAAGCUGGAGCUGCUGGAAAGGUUCAGCCAGGAGAGAGCUCAGUGGGAGCAGAGACUGAGAGAGGCUACGGCACAGCAGGGGAAGUCAAAGUCUUUGGGUGGCGAGUCCUCUGCAGACGCAGUCAUCACAAAUGGAACAGCAUCACCAAGAACCAAAUCCACACCAGAGCUGGAUGUCCCAGAGGUAAAUGGAACAGCCAAUCAAGAGGAGAAGAUCCAGUCUGCAGCUUUGCCUCUUUUCAUUCGCCCAGAGUUGGGUGACUUCAGCAGGAAGAAUUGGACCUACUUGACCAAUGAGACCCCAGAGGUUGGUGACACCUGUAAAACCUGGGAUGGCCCCAGUGGCUCCUGCAGCAGCCUGGUGGGAUCAGAGCUAGACUUAGAGUCAGUCCAGAGGAGCUACACUGCUCCUGACCGUACUGGCAUCAGGAUCUACUACAGCCCCCCAGCAGUACGGCGCAUGGAGCACAGAAACAGGAACCAGGAGGCCAAAGAGCUGCAGGAGGCACAGAACGGCAGCCCUCUCCUGGAACUGAGUGGUUCAGAUGUAGGCAUGGCUCCACUGGAGGCCCUGCAGGUUCAGCAGCAACAACCUCCAUCUUCGUUUUCAUCCUCAUAUGAGCAGUGGCUGAGCUCGCUGUCCAAGCAGCACAGGGAGCUGCUAGAGAGCAGGAGUGGCUGUAUUUCCAGCUCAAACCCCAGUGUCAUCAGCAAUGGCAUUGGAGGCUCUGCUAGCAGUUUGGUUGAUGGGAUCACCUCCCCGUCGGCUUUCCACGGCCUUGAGAUGGGGGAGAUUUCAGCCAAUUUAAGUGAUGAUAUGAAGGAGAUGACCAACUGUGUCCGCCAGGCUAUACGCUCUUCAUCUCUUGAAAGAAAAUCCACCAAGGAACCUGGGAGUCAGGGAGUUGGUAUGUCCUCCAGAUCCACACAGACUGCUGCUCAGUACGUCAGCAUUGGACUUCAAACAGACAACCUUCCAAGCAGCAGGGGGGCCGGGUUACACUCCAAAGCAUGGUCUCCUCGCCCCUCAUCAACAACAACCUCUCCUCUCGCCUCGGCCCGCACCCGGCAAAUUUCAACAUCUCUGGAUAAAGUUCACAGCCGCAUAGAGAGGCCAUGUUGUUCACCCAAGUAUGGAUCACCCAAACUACAACGCAGAGUCUCUUCUGGCUCCACUUCUAGGCUGGAUGGGUCUUCUUCCUCAAGGGACCGAAGUCUGUGGAGCCUUCAGCAAAGAUCCAUGGGUGGAGGAGGCUCUGCAUGGGCUCGCUCCACCACCACACGGGACAGCCCGGUCCUGAGUGGCCUCACCGAUGGCCUCUCCAGCCUCUUCAGUGUGGUGGAGCACACUGGUAGCACAGAGUCACUGUGGAGGGGUGACGGAGGCGCUAGUCAGGUUGCCAGUCCAGCUCGGCAGCCUCCUGCAGCAGGGAAACCCUCUGUUGUGUCCGUCUGUGGGCCUGAUCCUGGCUCUCAGCGAUAUGGUGGCCUGGUCCAGGAGUUCUUCAGGAAUGUUUGCAGCAGUCGUGGCCAGGCAGGAGUGACCCUGCCUGCAGAGAAGGCCCAAAGAGAUUCCCUCGGCAGCCUCAGUGGUGUGGGUGUCUUGGGCAGUUUGGUUGGCGUGGAUGAGCCCAAGCCAGAGUGCGUGUCAGUCUCAGGUGGAGGACUGGGGCCAUUGGGUGGAAGCAAUGACAAUGUUACCCGGAUUGUCAAUAAGAGGUUUAUGAGACAGACAGCUGGGGAAGAGAUGGUCAGUAUCAUGGGAGGAGGAAAAGAAGCAAGCAGCGCGGGAGCUGCAGGAUCUGGCAUGGAGGAUGCAACCUGUGACUGUGCUGCCCAGUCUUCCUGCUUUGGCCGACCAUCAAGAGCUCUGGCUCGACAUUCCCUCGGCCAGUGCAAACACCGCCCACAAGAAUCUCCAGCUGCGACUGAGGAGAAAGGGGACACCUGUAAUGAGUGACAACACUUUUACUGCCACACGCAAAGAUACACAACAGACUCACAGCAAUACUGAUUCCUCACUAACACUGUACACCACUGCCAUGGACACAAACAUCAGAUGUACAUACACACCCAGAACCUGCCUCACAGGCGCACUGCCAACAUGACUCACACCACAAGCACACUGCACAAGCUGCCCCACACACACUGCCACAUACACACAUUAAAACCACACAAGCAGAGCCUAGGCAUUAUUACACUAACUGUACCAUUCUGAUGCCAAGGAGACGACUGAAAAUCCACCAAGCAUCGGGUCCAACCAGCUACCAGCAGGACAUAAAAGUCAACGCAAUUUAAAUCUCACCCACUAAAAUAAACAAGAAGAACUUUGUGAACUGAAGAGAGGCUAACAAGGAAAAACAUGAUGUCAGGGUUGGACCUCUACACCAAACUCUCAGACUAACAGGCACUGAAGAAGAUGACAUCAUACCUUAAUCCAUGCUGGAUUUACAGAUAAAAUCCCACUUUAAGCAUGCAGUGAGAGUGCAUAUAUUAGGAGCUACGACUGGAGAGGGAUCAUCUAUUACUUGUAAAAAAAAAACUUGUUCUAAAUGGUGUUAGAAACUCUGGAACCAUCAACCUCAACAGAGUAAACUGAUAAUUUCUCUAAACAGUCAAAUUGACACAUGCUGUGCGGGAAAGUUUAAACAUGCCUUUAUGAUGGAUUAGCACAAUGGAUCUGAAAAUUCUACAUAAUGAUGAUGCAUCCACCUCAGCUGAAGACCUGCUUCGUUUUAUUUCUCACAUUGAAUUAGAGAGCAACAAGAAAUAUUCGAGAUUGGACCAGACUACACAAAUCUGAAUUAACCACCUAUUACUGUUAUGUUGUAAAGCUCUUCAGACUUCUUUAAAUAUACAUCCAAUGUGUCCUCAGAGGGAUCAGGACAUUGUAGCCAUGACCAUGUAUUUGGCAAACCUGUUUACUACUUUUGUACAAUUUUGCAUCUUAACUACUUCUGAUUAGGAAAUGAUGGUAGAGCCUGUUCUGAAAGGUAGAAGGGGCCUCUUUGUGUCUGGUUUCUGGCAUAUUUUAGCUGAUUUCAUUGAUGUCAAGAUUCUUAUUGGAAGUACAGCAUACUGUCUUGAAACAGUGAAUUUGGUUAUACAGAUGGGAAAUAUUUUCAAAAAGUUGUUAAAAAGAUGAACACUGAAAGUCCAAGUUCAGCUUUCCAUUGUAUAGAACCUCAAUGAUUAUAUUGUUUCUCUUGUUUUAACAGUUAUUUACAGUCUCAUGCUUCUGAGACACAAGUCAAAAAUAUUUACCUUUAGCUUAAUUUAAAGAAAAGGCACAAUUAUGAAGCUGGUUUAAACAGAUGGGUUUUUUUAAAUAACCAUUAUGACAUCAGCUCAACACCCAUCAUCCUGACUGGUAUAAGCUUCAAGCUUAAGCUUCAUGGGACCAUAAAUGAGCUGCCCAAACUCAAAUGGUUUUUCUUCCAUUGAUCAGAAAUGCACACUAACACCUAUGUCCAAGGAAAAUUUGGUCAAUGCAUUGCUUUUAUCAGUUUGGGUUUGAUUUUUCAGGGAACAUUCAACUCUAAAUUCCUCCCUUGUCUCAGCUCUUCUCUAUUGAAUUUUUCAUUUGUAGUAAUACCAUGGCAGCAUUGCUAGUGUGCCGACUAAAAUGUAGCAGUCUUAUUAAACUAUACGUUAAAAGCUGGUGCUAGUCGGACGAGUAAAAGCACUGGCAGUUUAGAAUUUUUAAGAAACACAAUCAUGAUUUUUUUCAUCAAACAAAGGCUGGCUACACAUUCCAUGGUUUUAAGACUGAUUUUGCCCACUCCAAUGAUUAGGGACAGGGUUCAAUUCAAGAUCCGGUUUCAUCACAGAAUACCUGCACUAGUCAAUGACAACUAGCAGACCAGGAUGAUGUUGCAUGCUAGAUCACAGAAUUUCUGUGAGAUCUUGUGUCUGUGGAAUCUUCACUGUGAAAUCCGUACUACUCUUGCGAUCAUACCAGAUUAUCUAGUGGUCCCCCUUUUGGGUGAAUAUAACUUUAAAAAUUAGUUAAAACAACCUCUUUGUCUGUGGUCCACCUAAUUUUUAAAUCUGUUAAAAUUCCAUCUAGUGUGUAGCCAGCUCUAAUUGAUAUUCUUAAAUGUAGCUUUUCCAAAUAAAAAAAGUUGUUUUUCUAAAUUGUAACAUUUCCUUUUUUUCUACUUAGACGCAGUCAUUUUCAGUGCUUUAUGUCUAGAAGUACGAUAAGUGAAAUACCAAGAAUUUAAAGGCUGACACAAGCCAAAGGGAAUUUUAAUCAUAAAAAUAUUGUAAACUGAGAACAAUCUUAUUUAGAAUGUUUUUCAUUCUUCCCAUCCCUCUCUGUGUUUGCCAUGUCCCUUUUCACUCCAUCAACAGAUAUUUAAAGUGCCUGUCAGGUUUCCUCUUAGUCAGCUCACACCAAAACUGGACUCCAUACACAUGCAAAUAACCCCAACAGGCCUUUUUCAAUGGGUAAGAAUGUUUUUAUGCACGUAGUUAUCAUCAGGCUGUACUAAAGCUACAUCAAAGUACUGUACCCCAGUGGACGAAGGAAAAACGGUUUAAAUGUAUAGAAGGACUAGUGUAUAAACUAUAUACAGGUAGUAACUUUUAUAUAGGAACAGCUAUUGAAUUCCUGGAAAGUAAAUUAUUUUUCUUAAUUUUUUUAUUUUAUAUGGAGUUUUUUCCGUUCUCCCUUCUCUUUAUAUUUAGUUACUGUGGUGCUAAUAUGUCUUUAAGUCUUAUAGGCAUUUAACCAUCUAUUUUAAAUGUCUUUUCCAUUUCCCAUUUAAGCAAUAGUUGAACGUUUGUCCGACUCUGACAACAUUUGACUCAGCAGUUUAAAAUAGGACGUUACAGUAACAUAGCAUGAAUCUGAAUAACAUAGUGAGGAAAACCCACAGACUAAAUGCUGCUGUCUGUCUCCACCAGUCUGAACCAGUCACCACCACACAAGCCAAAGGCCCGACUAACACAGUAAUACUUUUAUUACUUAAUCAAACUUUUACAAGACAGUUGAAGGUGAAGCUAGUCUGCUUUAUAAAAAAAAGGGCCAUCAAGUCAACUUGAACCUCGUCUAUAAUUCUUUCUACUGUCCCAGAACACGCUGGGCUGAGUAACACAUCCAUUACUCUUAACAUUCUCUCGUUUUUCCUUUUAUUUUAACUUUGUCCUACAUUGCCAUUGACAUCUGGUGCUGUCACUGAAGAGAAUCAAUUUGAUGCUUUUAACAUUUUAUGUUUCUGAAAACAAACAUUAAAAAGGGGAAAUGCAAAAACAGAUAAAUCUGUUGCUACUGAUAAGAGAAAGUUUACAAAGGCCAAGUUUCUCACAAAAGUUCUUUUUGGAUCAUUCCCGCCAGGAUGUCUACUGUAUUCUGGAAUUGGAAUUUCCCCUUGUGGGACUAAUAAAGGAAUAUCUUAUCUCAUCUCUUAUCUCUUCUGUCAAACUACAGUUCAGGUGUAGCACUAUUAGUGAUCACAGACACCCUAAAUCUUAACAUACUCUUCAAAUUCAGCACAAUACAAUAAAUAUGUUAAAAUUGUAAACAUUCCAAGUUUCUUAAACCAAGAGAAUGGUUAAAGGUAUUCCAAAAUGUUCACAGAAACUAGCCAUCAGUGCAAACUUAUGUUUGUGCACAACUGGCAGGACUGCAAAUGAGUACUAACAGCACAUUAAGUAUACAGGCUAACCAAUAUGCUGUUAUCUACAAUCUACAUAGUUCAGACAAAUGCAACCAUUAUAGCUACCAAAUCUUUGAUGAAAUUUCUUUUGUUUGCUUCAAAGAUAAUAAGAGUUGAUGGACAAUACAAAGUGAACCCAAGCUCUGAAGCAAGUGCUAAAAACUGCUUGAGUCUCCAUUUGAGGCUGGCUGCAGAAGCACUGGUUAUCACCAUGACCUCAUCAUGACUUUUAUAGCAGAAAAACUGAUAUUUACCGACCGAUUCAAAACAUUUUGGUUGGAAUAGUUAAUGCCUAACCUUGCGAAGCAGAUGGAUACGCCCAUUUCCAUGUUUCUCACUGGUAAAUCCACCUUACAAAGCUCCCGUCUGAACCGUUUUGGCCUGGUUAGAAAGUGACAGGACCAAUUUGCGUCGAAGGGCAGUAAGCAGCAAAGUCGUGACGUAAACAAGCAGCAACAAGAGGCCAGUGCAAUAAUGGCGGAAGACAUUAACGUAGAUGCUGCUAAAGCACCAGUUUUAUCAGAACUUGACAACAUUUCUUGGUUAAAAGAAGAACAAAGAACAGCAAUGAGUUGUUCAAAAACGACAAAAGUCAUGUACUGACAUGUCUACAGUCGCCAUUUUUUCACGUUAUGCAGUUCUUUAUGGAGUUUACUCCAUCGGUAGGGGUGCAGGCGCAGCUUGUUAGCAGCUACAUCAUGUGUUACUCUGAUUGGCCCAUAAACAUGUGACAGACAGAGCAUUCAUCCAGUCACCCUCCAAGUUUGUUUUCAAAGGCUCUGCCCUUUCCCAAACGCUGUUUGUGAGUGGUUUUCCAGAUGGGUGUGUAAAACAAAUCCAUCUGGCGUGCCAGGUUAGUUAAUGCCUUUAUGGACACACAUUGUGCUGGAUUUUUGUUUCUUUUUAACAUGUCAAUUUUGUUUUCAAAAACAAUAUAAGUUAUGCAUAAUUAGGGGCUUGGCUGAUAUGAAUGCAAGCCAGCAUAGUGUAGCUGCUUAUCAAGAAGCUUAAGACCCCCCACCUCUUUGUUUCUUGGUUGACCUAAAGUUAGUUUGAGGCAGCAUUUGGCUUCAAAACCCAAUUCAGUAACCAAAUAGCUCAUCCAAUUUUUUCUACAGUCUAUGAGUAUUACACAAACAGAGCUGGCAGAAGUCCUGUCUGCAGAUGCUACUAUCAAAUAAUGACUCAGUCUUUCCACAGUCAUCCCUCGCACCCACAGGACUAAUCUGAAAAUGUAACAUAACGCUUAUCAUUCUACAGUCUUUGCUCUUGCACCAUUCCUCUCUUUAAAACAAACUUUGUCCUGCAGAAUCUUUCAUUUUAAAACACAGUUCUUAGAUUUAUUUUAAAAGUCUUUUCAUUGCAUUUAAAAUUUAGAAAAAUCAACAUGUAAAACCUCAACAAAUCUUAUAAUCAGUGACAUAUUUUUGAAACUUUGAAACAAAUGACACCUACAAAAUAAAAGCAUAAAUCUGAAACAAGUUAACUUCUACAAAAGAUUGAAAGAAAUUUUGCUUAAGAUAUUGUUUGCAACAAAGUAGAGAAAACACGCUUUGAUCAUUCAACAUUUCGGUGCAGAUAUAGCGUGAGCACAGGGAUAUUUUGUGAUUUUUAUUAUCUUUCGCCUAAGUCAAUAAGAUGCUAUAGGUAAAACUUAUGAAUCUGUAAAAAAGUAAAGCAGAUUCUGUACUACCUCUAAGACUUUUACACCAUAACUAUACUCUGAUAUAUGUUAAAAAAUAUAUUAAUGUAAAUUAAUCAUAACAGUGCAUCAAUUUUCUUCACUUGCGACCAGGGCCUCAGUCCUGCGUUGUCUUUAGUAUCACUGUCAAUGAGAAGGUCACCUUGUGCCUUUCCUCUAUGAAGAUGUCUUCAAUUAAUCAAGUCUUUUCUUUCCUGCAAGGAUUUGUUUCCAAUUUAGUUUUUAAUAUAUGAUUGGGAUAACCUCCAAAUAUAGAACAUAUAGAGUUCAGAUGAGAAGUCUUCUGUCUUGCAGUGGUUGUAGGCUGUUUAUGUUUACAUUGAUCUUCAGUGGUUGCUACUACAUACAUUCUGACAGACAAUAUGUGUCACAACAGAUAAGGGAUCUCAGUGUUGAGUACAUUAUGCCUUAGAAAUGAGUUUUUAUUUGUUGUCACUUUUAUGUGACUAGACCUCCAAAUGGCCGAGGAUUUGGAUUAAGAGUUGCGUUUUGGUGAAAUAUUUUUACUUCCUGUUUUAGUAUUUCCUCUGAUGUUGCAAAGUCAAGCUUUGGCCUGUAUUAGAGAUGACGUGACGAGUCAGCACAUGUUCAGGUUGUGGAUGAAACUAUCACUUUUGUUUUGAUGCUGGUUAUAUGUUUUAUUAACAGGACAUAAAAAGAUAACUCAGUUCACAUUUUUAUCUGAUAUUUAAAAACAAAACUUUUUAUUACUUUAAAACGGAAAAAUAUUUUUUUGUAACAAUGACUUUUGCUAAAGCAAACAUCAGAUUUCAUCAUAAUUUGACAUCUUACUGCACCUAACUGCUAUUUUAUAAACCUGGACCUAUUUUCACCUGUAAAAAUGUGAUGUAGUCAGAGUACGACUGCUCUCUGACUCUGAUGUCAUCAGCCACUUUUGUCUCUGUCUUUCCAGCCUUUCCACCUGACUGCCAGGUGUUGCGUUUGCUCCUCCCCCUCAGGUUAAAGAGAGUACUUAAAAAAAUGCAGCCAAUGACAGACAGUUUUACAUGUCUCACAGCACCACCAGCCAAUGACUGAUGACUUUCUACAGGUUGCAUGGCACCAACCAUGGGUCUCAUCGUUCCCUUUGUGUGUGUCUCUGUAAAAGCAUCGUCUGUGCAGCCUUUCCAUUCCAUUCAUUCUUAUAACAUCCUGACAAUGUACAUAAACUCUUAGCUUUUCAUAAUGUUAUCUAACUAUAACCUAGAAAAAAACUGCCUGUAUAUUUGCUUCAUAUAACCAACUGUUGUCUUUUGGUACAAGGCUUGAUUCUUAAAUUAAGGAGAAUGCAAUGAAAGAAACAUUCAAUGAGUACACAGUGAGGAAAUGUGACCUGUUGUAUUGCAACUUGAAAAGAAAAGGAGUGGUUUGUACUCAGUCCUUUGAUUUCUUUGAGAAAAGCUGAAUAUCAACAGCUGAUCUGAACCAGGUUGCUGUAGAAGUAUGUAGCUCUCUCCUCUUAAAAACACACUUGAGCAUUUCUUCUGUACAUAGGUGCAUUUUAAAGGUAAUGAAAAACAAAAAAGGCAGCAAAUAUUAAAUGAGUAAAAUGAGAAAAUUUGAUCCAUGUGGAUUUUUAAAGUGUUGGGAUUUUUUUUUCUUUGAACUGAUGUAGCUAGCUGUAAAAUGAGAUAAUAUAACUGCCUCCUGUUUGUCAUAGAAUUCACAAAUAAAUGUUUGUCAAAAUUGAA